AUGAAUAUCGAUACUGAGCGUGGUAUAACUGAAGUACAUAUUCGUCUGCCAUUGUGGGACCUUUCUAGUGAGUUGUACAAAGAUAGAGACGCCAAAAUUAAGGCUUGGUCAGAAGCAGCAGAAGGCAUCCCACCACAUCUAUUAAGACAGUACAUCGGACAGCAGCAAGCUCAACCACAACAGACACAAGUGAUCGCACGGCCAAUUGCACCAGCACCAGCUAGACUGCCUUACUCAGCCCAGAGUCAAGGACAAUACCAGCAAGAGCAACAGUAUCAACAGCCACAGUACCAACCGCAGCCGCAACAGCAGCCUCAAUACCGGCCCCAGUAUCAGCCAACGAGGCAGCAGGAACAACGCGAACCUCAGGAAGACUAUGAUCCUCAUCCAUCCUACCAGUUCGGUUUCGACGUGAACGAUGACCAAUACACCAACUACCAGAACCGCAAGGAGCAGAGGGACGGAGAUGUCAUCAAGGGCUCUUACUCAGUUGUGGACAGUGAUGGCUUCGUCAGGACUGUCACCUACACCGCUGACCCCAAGGAGGGUUUCAAGGCUGAGGUUUCACGGCAGCCAACAGACAUAGUUGUUAAGAUUCCGACACCGAAACCUCAACUGUUGCAGGCGCCCAUUGCCCACGCGCAGCCACACCCACAGCAACGGCCACAACAACAACAAGCACCUCAACAAUAUUACCGUUACGAACAGUAA